AUGCGCAAAUCCAAGGACAAGGCAUCUCGUGCUUUGAAGAAACUCUUCAGACCAUCAUCGAGCGGAUCUGGAAGCACACCGAGCAAUGUAGGACGUGCAAGUCUCCAGCCGGAGCCCGAUGAGCAGCCCGUUGUUCAGCGUGUUUCAGGAGAGCAUGAUACAAUCCCGACGACAGGCACCACACUCGGCGGGAUCGAUAAAGCGGAUCUCGACCAAGCUGGAAGAGCGCUCUCGUCGCUCAAAUCUCUCGGGAAACAUGUGGCCAAAGCGCUCCAGUCUAUCGAUCCGACCGCGAAACACGUGAAGAGUUCGUACAAGCUGUGGGAACCUCUGCUGGAGAAGGUCCAGGUCUUUGCGUCAUUGGUGGAGAAAAUAGGUGACAUACAUCCAUACGCCAAGAUAGCGUCGACCGUCCUACUCUCAGUCGUCAAGCCUGUGAUCGCACAAGACAAGCGUGACAAAGCCAUGGCCGACCUUUUCGUCUCGAUGUAUGACCUCUACGACUUCGUAGUAGAAGCCGGUCGCCUCCCCGAGUUGGACAAAAAGCGCUUGAAGCUGCUCAAGAACAUGUUGAUGCAGACAGCGGAGUGCGCCUACUGUCGCGGCGACUAG